GAGCGCGCUUUGCGGCAGCGGGGCGGCAAACGCGCACGCCACCAGCCGUCCCCCUGGGCAGGCGUCGCGGGCGCCGCGAUCCGCGCUUUACGGCAGCGGCCAGGGCUGGAGGGGCGGGGAAGAUGUCUGAGCGGAGGCGCGGAGGAAGAGGAGACGCGGCAGAAGCGGCGGCGGGAGCGGAGAUGCCGGCGAAGAAGCAGAAGCUGAGCAGCGACGAGAACAGCAACCCGGGGGACCUGUCUGGGGACGAGAACGAUGAUGCUGUUAGUAUAGAGAGUGGUACUAACACUGAACGUCCUGACACCCCUACAAACACGCCCAAUGCUCCAGGAAGGAAAAGCUGGGGGAAAGGAAAAUGGAAGUCGAAGAAAUGCAAAUAUUCCUUCAAAUGUGUAAACAGCCUCAAGGAAGAUCAUAGUCAGCCAUUGUUUGGGGUACAGUUUAAUUGGCACAGUAAGGAAGGAGAUCCCCUCGUGUUUGCCACUGUUGGUAGCAACAGAGUUACUUUAUAUGAAUGCCAUUCCCAAGGAGAAAUAAGAUUAUUGCAGUCCUAUGUGGAUGCUGAUGCAGAUGAAAACUUUUAUACUUGUGCGUGGACCUAUGAUAGCAAUACAAGCCACCCCCUUUUGGCUGUGGCUGGAUCAAGGGGCAUUAUUAGGAUAAUUAAUCCCAUUACAAUGCAGUGCAUAAAGCAUUAUGUGGGCCAUGGAAAUGCAAUCAAUGAACUGAAAUUUCACCCAAGGGAUCCAAAUCUCCUCUUGUCUGUAAGCAAAGAUCAUGCACUGAGAUUGUGGAACAUCCAGACAGACACUCUGGUUGCAAUAUUUGGAGGAGUAGAAGGGCAUAGGGAUGAAGUUUUAAGUGCUGAUUAUGAUCUUCUUGGUGAGAAAAUAAUGUCUUGUGGCAUGGAUCACUCCCUCAAACUCUGGCGAAUCAAUUCCAAGAGGAUGAUAAAUGCCAUCAAGGAAUCGUAUGAGUACAAUCCCAAUAAAACCAACAGGCCAUUUGUUUCCCAAAAAAUUCACUUUCCUGACUUCUCUACCAGAGACAUACAUAGGAAUUAUGUAGACUGUGUGCGAUGGCUAGGAGAUCUGAUACUUUCUAAGUCCUGUGAAAAUGCCAUUGUAUGCUGGAAACCUGGCAAAAUGGAAGACAAUAUAGAUAAAAUUAAGCCCAGUGAGUCUAAUGUGACUAUUUUAGGGCGAUUUGAUUACAGUCAGUGUGACAUUUGGUAUAUGAGGUUUUCAAUGGAUUUCUGGCAAAAGAUGCUGGCAUUGGGUAAUCAGGUUGGCAAACUCUACGUUUGGGACUUAGAAAUAGAAGAUCCUCAUAAAGCUAAGUGUACAACUCUUACUCAUCCAAAGUGUGCUGCUGCCAUUCGACAAACAAGUUUUAGCAGAGACAGCAGCAUCCUUAUAGCCGUGUGUGAUGACGCCAGUAUCUGGCGCUGGGACAGGCUGCGAUGAUGCCAGGAGCCAUGAAUUCUAACUGGGAAUUAUGAGAUCUGUAUUGCUUUUUGUGUCCAGAUAGAUAGCUGUCCUGCUAGUACCGUUUCAGAGUAGUCUUCCUUCACCGCUCCGUGAUCAUCUGAAUUGAACAGUGUUUACAUUUGGUUUUGGUAAUAUUGUUGUGCUCUUCAGAAUCUGCUGCUUUUUAAUAAAAAUAUUUUUUGUAAAGUUCGGUUUAUUGUCCGUUUUAAUCCAGCAUUCAAGUUUGCAAUUUCCAAGGUUUCUCUGUACGGUGUAUACUUGCUACUUGUGGUAGUGUUGUGCUGUGAAAUCUGCAUGUGUCUCAAAAUACAAACACAGUUGUGUGUAUUCUGCAAUGCUGCAAAGUGUGGUAUAUGGGGUGCAGGAUUCUGCUUCAUGCGAAUUGUGAGCCUUGGUGUUAAGAAAUGUUCCUAGCUGUGAGGGUGUGCUUGAAAGUGGGUGGCACUAUCAACCUGAAAUGCCAAACCAGAGGGCAUAGUGGAACAAGAUCAACAAUGGUUGGAACAGAGGUGCACUUCCCUGCAUUUUCUUGUCCUUCCCCUUCCCUAGCAAAACCAGGCUAGAGACCAUGUACAUCUGCGUAAUUUAUACAGGAGAACCUUUUUAGACAGUGCGUACACAGCCCUGAAUUCUAAGCAAUAUAAUGGCCUAGGCUCUAGCCUAAUUUCCCAUCUAUGUGUGGGGCCAUAUUAGUUUAAAAUUAUUUUUCACAGCUCUUUCUAGCUUGUUAAAAAAAAAAAUCAGAAUAAAAGUUCAAGUACUUCUGAUGUACUGAAUUAAUUUUCAUACCAUAUUAAUACCUAGAAGUAUUAAGAAUUCAUGAAAUAUUUAUAUCCGGGAAUGGAUGUCAAACUCUCGGCCCGCGGGCUUGUUUUGGUCUGCAGAGCAGGGGCCAGGAAGCUGAUUAGUACCGGCACUGUUGUGACUGAGAAAUGGCCAUUAUCCAGUCUCUGCUGCUGCCACCACCUCUCCCCCCGUCCCAGCCUGCCGCUGCCAAGUCCAGUCUUCUCACUGACAGCUCCAUCUGCACCCAAAGGUGCCAAAGCUGCAGCCUUCAGAAUGGCUCACUUGCUGAGCAGCGCUGGCUGGUCCCUUCCUCCUCCCCUUUGCUGCCGUGCUCUUCCCCCUUCGGUCCUCCUUACAAGUAGUAGUUGUAAGUACAACUUACAAGUAGUAGUUGGGGUGGCCCAGCUGAGGAAUCCGUGCAGGAGGUGGAAGGGCUAACCCACCCCCAUCCCUCAGUCACAGCUCCAAUUCAGAUCAAGCUCCAUGGUUGCUUUUCCUUUUCCUAUCCACUUUUAUUAUUUUUUAAUAAACUAUCAACUAUUUAAUAGUUCUAAUUAACUCUUAUUUAUUAUUUUCUUUUUGUUUCUGUCAUGUGUGACAAAUUAGUUUUGUGUUGUACAAUUUUAUUGAAAUUUCUGUUUUAGCUUAUGUUUAUUUGACAAAUAUAUUAUUACUAUUUUAUUAUUAUUAUACAUAUUACUAUUUUUCUUAUUAAUAAAUACAAUAUGCUUAAUAAAUUAGUAAAUAUAUAUGGUCAGUUUUGGCCAGGAUGCUGUGUGUGCCCCCUGCCCCCCCCGGAGGUGUGUUGGAAUCAAAUCUGACCCUCUACCUGAUUGAGUUGACACCCCUGAUUUGCAAUAUAUUGUCAGGGAACUUAAGUCUAAUCCACACAUCACACCUACUAUGCAGUCUGCUUUAAGCCAUUCCCGGUGGCAGCUGCUGACAUAUGCUCAGCUGUUUGUGUAGUCAGGUCAAGUGAUGAGCUGCACGGACUUCCUAGUAGCCAUUUGGAGCAGCCUGCAUAGAAUAUGCUCGAUUUUUGAUCAACUACUGGUGAGUAUUUAAAGCAUUUAUUACAACAGUAACAAAAUAGAGGUUCAUACUAAUUCCAAAAGCAAUGUUCUUCUAGAAGGCUUCAAAGUCUAGUCCCUCUCAGAAGUACACGGAAGUUUUCCCUCCACAGAAUAAAUGCAAUGGACUCAGACACUUGGCAGAACCUUUGUGUAUAUGAUAUUGAGUCCUGCAGGACUGGAGGCACCCUUACUAUUACCCCAGGUAUCAAAGGAAACCAUAAUACAAAAGAAGGCAAGGCUGUUACCUACAGAAGCCAGUGUGAUGUAGUGGUUAGAGUGCUGGAUUAGGACCAGGGAGACCUGAGUUCCAAUCCCCAUUCAGCCAUGACACUUGCUGGGUGAGUCUGGGCCAGUCACUCCUCUCUCAGCCUAACCUACUUCACAAGACUGUUGUGAGGAGAAAUAUAAGUAUGUAGUACACCUCUCUGGGCUCCUUGGAGGAAGAGCGGGAUAUAAAAUGUUGAUGAUAAUAAUAAUAAUUAUUAUUAUUGAUGUCUCAGAGGCUGGCCUUCUCUGUAGCCGCUCCUGGAUUGUGGAAUGCACUCCCUGCAGAAAUCUGCAAUUUGAAUUCUUUAUUGGCCUUUAGGAGAGCCCUUAAAACCUAUCUGUUUGGCCUGGCCUUCCAGGGUUUUUUAAUAAUUGUAAUUGGUUUUAAUGUGACCUGAUUUUUCAGGGUUUUAAAAUUGUUCUGAUUGUUUAAUUGCUGUGUUAUGAUGUUUUAAUUGUUAAUUGUUUUACACUGUUUUAUAAUUUCUAUUUUAAUUGUUAACUGAUUUUAAUGGUUGUGUUUUAAUUGUAAACCACCCUGAGUCGUUUUGGAAGGGUGGUAUAAAAAUGGAACAAAUAUAAUAAAAAUAACAGCUACCAUCUGGA